AUGUAUUCGAAUCCAAAUUCACGAUCAAAUUCAAUUGUUAAAUUAUUUCGUCGUCGUUCAACAACAACAACAUCUGGUGUUGGAGAAAGUUUAUAUGGUGAUGAUUUAGAAUGGGAUAAAUCAGAUUUUACUCGACAUUUACCUGAAUCUGAUGCAUUAUCAUCUUAUGAUGCUAAUGAAAUGGCUGAAAUUCUACGUAAUCGUUUUCUUGAAUUUGAUAUGUCAUCACAAAUGGGUGAACAUAAUAUAUGUUCACGUCAAUCAUCAUUUGUAAGUGAUAUAUUAACACCAAUGACAAAUAAUGAUUUUACAAUUGAAGAAUUUCUUAAAAGAAAUUCAACAAUGUCAAAACUAACAUUUGAUAUUGAAUCAUUAUGUGAAACAAAAAUAAUAAAACGACCAUUUCAUCGAAGUUUAAUAAAUUUAAAUAUAAAAACUCAAGAAAAAACAAUACUUUUAUCAAAACAUUUAUCAUUAAUGGAUAUAACAUCAAUUGAAUGGACAUUUUUAAAAUAUGCAACACCACGUGCACUUUUAUUAACAAAAGCAAAUCAUCGAACAUCAUUUAGUCAAUUACCUCAAUCAAUGGAACCUGAACCAGAACCAUUAUUAUUUGAUACAAAAACAAGUCUGAAUUUUUCACGUUUAUCAAGAUUAGCUAUGAUUCGUUUAUAUAUGACAAAAUUAAGAGAAAAAGUUCUUACAUUUGUUUUAGAAACAAUUCAACCAUCAAAACGAACACCAAUGCCAGUUAUUACAGAAGAAACUAUUGAAACAUAUGAUAUUAUUGAAGAAUAA